AUGUCCGAUGAUUCGCCGAUAAAAAUCAUCAAUCUAAAUGUGGGCGGUCAGCGAUUUGCGACAAGUUCCGCCACGUUGAGCUGGAUUCCCGACACGUUUUUCACGAGUCUGAUUAGUGGGCGGAUGCACAGUGUGCGCGAUGAGACGGAUGCGAUUUUUAUUGAUCGAGAUCCCGAGAUUUUUCGCGUUGUGCUGAAUUAUUUGCGGACGAAAGAGGUGGAUUUGAGGUAGAAUCUGAGAAUUUUUGGGGGGAAAACGCUACAAAAUGAGUCGAAAAACUGUGCGGGGCUUGCAAAAUGCAGUGCGGCACUGUUUGUCCAUUUUUGCAACCCUCGCACAGUUUUCUCACCCAAGGGUAUCUAAAAAUCAUUAGAGAUAGACGAAUUCCACAAGCCUUGUAUAACCUGAGCAAUCUUGCGCGAAGCGCCCCGGAAUUUUCCGCGUAAGCGGCUCGAGCGGAGCGAGUGUAUGUCCCUCUGCAUCUCUAGCCGUCUAACCAUCAAGCUCCCGUGAGUUAGAGACGCAGAGGGAGAUACACUCGCUCCGCUCGUGCCGCUUACGCGGAAGAUUCCGGGGCGCUUCGCGCAAGAUUGCUCAGGUUAUACAUUUUUUUGGUGGAAAACGCUACAAAAUGAGUCUAAAAACUGUGCGAGGCUUGCAAAAUGCAGUGCGGCACUGUUUGCCCAUUUUUGCAACCCUCGCACAGUUUUUUCACCCAAGGGUAUCCUUGUUUAUACUCAUUUUGAAGCUUUUCCCAAGCCCCGCCCAUUUCUGCAACCCUCGCACAGUUUUCUUCUCGUCUUCCAGAAACGUCAGCAUCUCCAGCCCUAAAACACGAAGCCCAAUUCUUCGGCCUGUCCCCUUUGGUCCGCCGCCUGACACUUUGCGAAGAAUUGGACGCCUCCUCGUGUGGAAGUGUACUAUUUCACGGCAUUUUAGAACGACCCGAAAUACCGGUGGAAUUCGAAAGUGCCGUGAAACCCACCGUUUGGGAUAAGGGAAAAGUGGCGAAGAAGAGUUUUUUGGGCGAAAAUCUGAAAUCUGUGGGUUUUUUGAGGAAAACACGAUUUUCUCGCUAGAAAACGCUGUUUUUUGGUCCAGAAAUUGAUUUCUAAGCUGAAAAUCGCGAGUUUUUGCAGCUGAAAAGCGAGUUAGCCAAAAUCGACUCGAUCACAGAGCCGAUGAAAGUUCGAAUGAUCAGAUCACACAAUUAUUCGCUGGUUGUGGCUUAUGCGAAUUUUGUAUCGGUUUAUCGGUGAGAUUUUUGACUAGAAAUAUGGGAAAAGCCGAGAAUAGGCUGAAAAAUGCCUAGAAAUCUUGAAAUUUUCAUUCAAAACUCGAAAAAUCACCCAGAAUCGUUAGUUUUUGAUUGAAAAUUUACGAUUUUUGGUCAAAAAUCGUUAGAGAUAGCCGAAUUCCACAAGCCUGAGCAAUCUCGCGCGAAGCGCCCCGGAAUCUUCCGCGUAAGCGGCUCGAGCGGAGCGAGUGUAUGUCCCUCUGCGUCUCUAGCCGUCUAGCCACAAGCUCCUCGUGAGUUAGAGACGCAGAGGAAGAUACACUCGCUCCCCUCGCGCAAGAUUGCUCAGGUUAUACAAGACUUGUGGAAUUCGUCUAUCUUUAUUGAUUUUUGACCAAAAAUAGCGAAUUUUUAAUCAAAAACUAAUGAUUCUGGGUGAUUUUUUUCGAAUUUUUAACUGAUUUUUGAGGAUUUUUUCCAAGAAAUUCGAAUUCUAAUCCAAAUUUCUCGAAUUUUCCAGCGAUUACAAUGGCUGGUCGUUAAUCUGGACCUCACCCAAGCUCAAAUCCUCAAUAAAGCACAUUUCAAUCAACUCGAAAGGCGCUCAAAGUUCACCAGAGCGACUUUUAGCCAUCUCAACUUUUGACGAAGUUAUUACACUUUGGAAUAUUGAUGAAAAUGGCACGUCGUACAGGAAGGGAUGUUUUACGAUGGGAGUACAAGUGGAUAAUUUGUUUUUUGUCGGAACUCAGAUGGUUGCAUUGUCGCGGAUGGGGAAAUGUGGAAUUUGGCAUAGUGCCACGCAGAAUUGGCAGGUACUUAUGAGCAAUCUUGCGCGGAGCGCUCCGAAAACUUCCGCGUAAGCGGCAUGAGCGGAGCGAGUGUAUUUCCCUCUGCGUCUCUAGCUCAAGGAGGGGGCUUGGUUGCUAGACGGUUAGAGACGCAAAGCAACAUACACUCGCUUCGCUCGUGCCGCUUGCGCGGAAGAUUCCGGGGCGCUUCGCGCGAGAUUGCGAUAAUCUGAGCUGUAUGUCCCUCUGCGUCUCUCUAGUUGUCUAGUCCCUCUGCGUCUCUAACCAUCUAGCUUUUCUAAUUCUCCAAUAAAAUCUAUCUUUUCCAAUAGUUUUCAACCCUCUGAUCACUAUUCCGUUGUCUGAAAUCGCAUCUAACAUGAGUUAUGACGUGGCAAAAUUCGAGUAGCUGAUUUUCAUGCAAAUCUGAGUUCAGGAGGCCCCAGAUUUGCUUGAAAAUCAGCUACCUGAAUUUUGCCACGUCAUAACUCAUGUUAGAUGCAAUUUUAGACAACGGAAUAGUGAUCAGAGGGUUGAAAACUAUUGGAAAAGAUAGAUUUUAUUGGAGAAUUAGAGAAGCUAGAUGGUUAGAGACGCAGAGAAGCGGUACGCGGUACGAGCGGAGCAAGUGUAUGUCCCCUGCGUCUCUAGCUCACAUGGGCUUGAAGGCUAGACAGCUAGAGACGUAGAGGGAAAUACACUCGCUCCGCUCGUGCCGCUUGCGCGGAAGAUUCAGGGGCGCUUCGCGCAAGAUUGCUCAUGUUAAUCCUAAAGGCUCAUUUUGAAGCUCUUAACCUGAGCAAUCUUGCGCGAAGCGCCCCGGAAUCUUCCGCGUAAGCGGCUCGAGCGGAGCGAGUGUAUCUCCCUCUGCGUCUCCAGCUGUCUAGUCAUCAGGCGAGUUAGAGACGCAGAGAAACAUACACUCGCUCCGCUCGAGCCGCUUACGCGGAAGAUUCCGGGGCGCUUUGCGCAAGAUUGCUCAUGUUAAGCCUAAAACGAUAACCUGAGCAAUAUUGCGCGAAGCGCCCCGGAAUCUUCCGCGUAAGCGGCACGAGCGAAGCGAGUGUAUCUCCCUCUGCGUCUCUAGCUGAAGCUAAACAGCUAGAUUGCCCUUUCCAGGCUCAAGACAUGUCUCCAAUCUCAUGCUACGACACAGCCGGCUCAAGCCUUCUCCUCGGCUGUACAGACGGUGCACUCUGCUACAUUGAUAUGCAAAAAUUUCCGCUUCGAAUGAAGGACAAUGAUUUGUUGGUGACGGAAUUGUAUAGAGAUCCGGACGGUGAUUGUAUCACAGCGAUUUCCGUUUUUUUGACACCAAAGACUUGUAAGCCCUGAAAAGGCCUAUUUUUGGCCCAAAAAGGCCUAUUUUAGGUCCAAAAAUCCGGUUUUUUCAGCCGUUUGCGGAAAUUGGAUCGAAAUCGCCUACGGCACGUCAAGCGGAACAGUCCGCGUCAUUGUUCAGCAUCCGGAAACUGUCGGACACGGUCCGCAACUCUUUCAGACCUAUAAAGUUCACAAUUCGGCCGUGACGCGAAUUUCGCUAACUACAGCACAUUUGAUUAGUGGUGAGUUGGAUUUUUGGGGCAAAAAUGGCCUAGAAGCCCGAAAAAUGGCCUGGAAACCCGAAAAAUGGCCUAGAAACCCAAAAAGUAGCCUAGAAGCUCAAAAUUGGCCUAGAAAUCCGAAAAAUGGCCUAGAAACCUUGAAAAUUUCAGGUCUAACAUGAGCAAUGUCAAAUUUUUCUUUAAAAUUAAUUAACCUGGAAUUUUUGAUGUUUAACAUGAGCAAUAGUAGAUUUUUUCAAAAAAUUGAAAUUUUCAAAAUUUUCUAGUCUAAUAUGAGCAAUCCUUUGAGCUCUGAAAAUUCUGCACAAAGUUUAAAUUUUUAAAAAAUUUUCUUAACAUGAGCAAUGCUCAAAAAAUUGAAUUUUCAAAUUUUUCGAAGUUUUUGACUGAAAAUCCAAGAAAUCUACUUAACAUGAGUAAUGUUACAAAAAAUCGAAUUUUCAAGGCUAACAUGAGCAAUCCUCGAUCUCAAAAAUAUGACCAAAACAAAGAAAAUUCACCUAACAUGAGCAAUGCCCCCAAAUUUUUUCCAGUCUGCGCUGAAUACAAUCACGUGCGCUCCUGGCUAGUCACCCGAUUCCGUGGAAUGAUCAGCACCCAACCAGGCACAAUGAAUCUGGCCUCCUUUAAAGUGCUCACCCUGGAUUCGACUGAUGAAACUGUUGAUCGACAAUAUAAUGAGCCUGGACCCUAUGGAGAUCAGGAUUCUGAACAGGUUUUCAUUCAGAGGGUUAUACCGAAUGCGACGAGGAUUUAUGUGAGAUUGGCGUCGACUGGAGAAAGGUUGGGCUUUUUUUUCUAAAAAUUUGGCUGAAAAUGAGCCGAAAUUCAAGAUUUCUGAUGAAAAAUAACUCAAAAUUCGUGAUUUUCUGAUCAGAAAUAAGCCACGCCCCUUUUUUGCAAGCCUGGCACGGUUUUUGGACUUCAAAAUGAAUCUAAAUAAGCCAUGCCCACGAAAAUAUGUGUUUUUUGCGCUGAAAAUGAUGGGAUUGCUCAUUUUAAGCAUUCUCUUCAUGUUCAGCACGAAAUUUUGAUCUAGAAAAUUGGAUUUUUCCAGUCAGAAGGUCAGGGGAUCGAUCCACACCCGAGGCACCAAUUUUUUUUCAAAAAACAUGUUUUUUAUCAAUUUUUCGCGCUGAAAACGAUGGAAUUGCUCAUUUUAAGCAUUCUCUUCAUAUUCAGCACGAAAUUUUGAACUAGAAAUAUUGAUUUUUCCAGUCAGAAGGUCAGGGGAUCGAUCCCCACUCGGGGUACAACUUUUUUCUGAAAUUUCUUGUUAUGUGCCAUUUUGAGUCCAGGAAAGUUUCUGGAAAUUUGUGCCAGGUUUGCAAAAGGGGCGUGGCUUAUUUAGAUUCAAAAUGAAGCCUGGAAAAUUCCUAAAAUACUGUGCCAGACUUGCAAAAGGGGCGGAGCCUAUUUUCAGUCAAAAAUUUCCAUUUUUGGCUAAAAAAAUUCCAUUUUUUGCAGAAUUUGCGUCAUAGAUUCGGUCGAUUUUUCGCCCUUCACCUCAUUUUUUGUGCACGAAUGCGAUGGAGCAAGCCGAAUCGGAAAUCGGCCCAGAAGAUAUCUAUUCUGUGGAACUGUCAACGGAAGUGUCCAAAUGUGGGAUUUGACGACGGCUUUGGAUCAAUUUCACUCGAAUAAACAAGCACUGCAACCAGGAGGACAGCCGAAUUCGGCAAGUGGAUCCGAUGUGAUGAAACCCGCACUACAACCUGCUAAUCGAUUUUUGCAGACUGGACUUCAGGUAGGGCGAUUUUUGGCCAAAAAUUCGGGGAAAAAUGAGCUAAAAUUCAUGAAAAAUGGGCUUUGGAGCGGUUUUUUGAGUCCUAGACCAAGAAAAUUGAAUUUUUUGGGUUCUAGAGCUAAAAAAUUGAAUUUUUCAUGAAAAUUUGAGUUCUGAAGCGAUUUUCAAGCUUUGGGAUCAAGAAAAAUUGAAUUUUUCAACAAAAAUUGGGUCCUGAUCUGAAAAAUCAGGAAUUUUCGUCGAAAAUUGGAUUCUGGAGCGAUUUUCAAGUUGCUGGACCGUAAAUAUUGAAUUUUUCAUGAAAAUUUGAAUUCUGGAGCUGAAAAUUUGGGUUUUUUUGGUCCUAGAGUGAUAAAAUUUGAAUUUUUUGGCUCCUGGAGCUUAAAAAUCAGAUUUUCUGACUCCUGGAGCUUAAAAAUCAGAUUUUUCAUGAAAAAUCUGAAUUUCAGCUCAAAAUUAACCAAAAAUCACCUUUUUUGGCUCAUUUUUCCCCAAAAAUCUGAAAUUUUCAGCCAAAAUCCCAAUUUUCAGACGCUCAGCGGACCAACUCCUCAAGAAUUUCUCGACCAAAUCAAAGACUGUGAUAUUUGUUGCCUAAGCUCUUCGGUGCUUCCAACACCCUGUUCAACACCACAUUUAUCGGCGACUAAUUUGAAUAAGUGA